CUGACUCUAAUUGCUGUAUGCACACUGACUAAUUACAUAUUAAUUUUGUAAGGAAAAAAUGGACGAAAGAACAGUUGAAUUUGAUCCUCAGCAGCAGUUUGAAGUGGGAAGGGAAAGAAUCAGUGAGGGAAUGAAGUGUUUGCAAGAUUUAGUACAAUGGUGCAACAUGAUCACAGAGAAGGGUGGAAAGGCUGACGAAACUAUCGCCUAUGUUCAAUCUCUUCAACCACAAGUAGAGUUCUUGCAUGUCCUAUUAAAGAACCCAGCUUUUGUGAAUCCCCGAGUUGAGUACAACAUCUUUAACAAACAGAUGAGGAUCAAGCAUCAAUUUCAUCUAUAGUUCAAUCCAUACAUAGUUUCUUAUUUUUCUCUUUUCCAUUAAAAUAUGAAGGAGACUGAAUCUUUAGCGGCAUGUCUCUAUCUUAGUACCUUCUCUCUAAAUCUUAUAUAUAUCUAUGAAAGAAAUUUGAGUCAGAGGUCAGAAAAAAUUCUUUCUAUAAUAUAACUAGAUCAAUAUAUUGAUUACAGUUGUAAGAAUUGAUUUGGUCAUCCUUCAAUUUUUAUAAGAUUCAUUCUGUCCCGUUGAGCCUAAAUAAAUUAGCUUUUUAUUGCUUUUAAGGUUGUCUUUGUGUAUAUGUUGAUAGGAAAUUACUCAAAUCGGAAACCAAAAUGCUAAUUUUGAGCCUACUCUUAAUCAAGACGAUGAAAUUGUGAAUCCAAGUGUGGAGAGCUCAUCACGGACUAAAAAAAGAAAGUUGAAGUCAAAAUUAUGGGAUGACUUCACAAAGUACGAAGGAGAAGAUGGGAAGGAAUUGGCUAAAUGUAAUCACUGUGAGAAAGAGUUUGUAGGUUCAAGUAAGAGUGGAACCACUCAUCUCAAAAAUCAUUUAGAAAGAUGCAAAAGUAAAAGUAGUCCUGGAGGUGCGGAUAAAUCGAUUGAAACAAUUGCUUCUCUAACUACUCCAGUUGUUAUCUAAGAGAAAUCUAUGGUUGAUCAAGAAUUAGGUCAUUUGGAUGAGACAAGGAUGAUUAUUAAGUACUGGGUUCCAUCAGUGGCGUCCAGGAAGGAUGAUAUACUUAAAGUUUACGAAGACGAGAAGGAAAAGCUACUUAGAUAUUUCAACAAACUCCCGUGUCGUUUUUCUGUAACAAUGGAGUGGUGCUGUGAGAACUCAGAUAACUUUUGGUUUAUAGCUCUCUGUUUUAUUGAUGAUAGUUGGGAAUUGAAGAAGAAGAUUAUUAAUUUGCCAAAAUAUAGAUUUGAUGAGAAUUUCUAUGAAAUUUUGAAGCGUUCACUGCAGGAUUGGAACAUAGACAAAAAAAUAUGUUGUAUGAUUGAUAAUACGAUUCCAUUUUACAAUGGAACCAGUGAAGAAUUUAAUAACUGGUUUAGUGAGCAAAGUCCAUAGGCAAGAAAGUAGCUUCUCAAGGUAUUCCUGAUUUUCAGCUAUGGGGCUUCGAACUAAUUGAGUGGGUAAUGGGAUUUAGGGAAGCAUUCUGUCAACUGGAGAGUAUAGAUCCUGAUUUUCAGUCAAUAAAUUUUGUAAGAGAGGAUUGGGAUAAGGCAACUGCACUAUACGACAGUUGGAGAGUGUUAAAAGAUGCUAGUCGUAGCUUGUCUGAUCGCAAAUAUAAUACUGCAAAUGGGUGUUUUCCAAUGAUGUAUCACAUAUUUUUUAAAUUUCUUCAUUGGGAAAAAAGUGGUGACUAUUAUUUUAGUGACAUAGCUUCAAGUUUGAGAAAGGAUUUUGAUGAAUAUUGGAGAAUUUCUAACUUGAUUUUAGUGAUUACAGUGGUUCUUGAUCCGAGAUUCAAAAUGGAUAUUGUAGAACGUUGGUACAAGGAGAUUUAUGGCAAUGUUGUAGACACACACCUCAAGUUAGUCACUGAUGCUAUUGCAAAUAUUUACAAUGAAUAUGCAGAGCGCGCUAGCAAUUCUGAAUCAUCAUCUUCUUGGGGCUGCGGUGAAAUGCUAGACGACAUGUGGAGGCCAUGUAUGUCUUCACAACAUGUUAAUGAUGUUGUUUCAACAGAACUCGAUCGCUAUUUGGGAGAUUCUAAAUUUUGUCCCGUCCAAGAGUUUGACAUAUUGGCUUGGUGGCGAUUAAACUCCUCCACCUUUCCAACACUUGCGAGGAUGGCCUGUGAUUUUUUAGCAAUACCUAUUUCUGCUCCAAUUGAAGUUUUAGAUUCUCCCUUGGUGACUGAAAUUGAAGAUAUUUUUGACUGUCAAAUCCUGGAUGAUGACUUCAAAGUUGCUUUAGCAUGUACAAAAGUUUGGUUGUAAAGCUUUGAAAGUAAACAACUAAGUUGUUGAAAGAGACAACAAAAGUGUUUGUUUGUCUAUUUGUUUUUAUUUUUGUUUUUUUAAUGAUCCAAAGUGUCCGGAUCGGUCUUCGCGUACCUCAAUAUUAUA